AUGAAGCGAUGGAGCUGCAACAAAGAGAAGCACAGUGAGAGAUUCUGUUUGUCCGAUGAAUUCCUGACUUGCCACUUCAGCACCGCGGCGUCCAUCGUCUCUGGCAUUGAAGACAUUGUGACACGAAUACAAGAUGAGAAAGCAGGAGGUGUAGCCAUCCGGACCGUCAAAAGCUUCCUCUCCAAGAUCCCCAGUGUGGUAUCAGGGACGGACAUCGUUCAGUGGCUGAUGAAAAACCUCUCCGUUGAGGAUCCAGCUGAAGCCAUCCACCUCGGGAGUCUGGUCGCUGCACACGGUUACAUCUUCCCCAUCUCUGACCAUGUCCUGACACUUAAGGACGAUGGAACCCUUUAUCGCUUUCAGUCUCCGUACUUCUGGCCGUCAAACUGUUGGGAGCCUGAGAACACAGACUAUGCCAUUUACCUGUGUAAGCGCACCAUGCAGAAUAAGGCCAGGCUCGAGCUGGCCGACUACGAGGCUGAAAACCUUGCCCGGCUGCAGAGGGCCUUUGCCAGGAAGUGGGAAUUCAUCUUCAUGCAAGCUGAGGCUCAAGUGAAGAUCGACAGGAAGAAGGACAAGGCCGAGAGGAAGAUCCUGGACAGCCAGGAGAGGGCAUUCUGGGACGUCCAUCGGCCUGUGCCCGGCUGCGUCAACACCACGGAGAUGGACAUCCGCAAGUGCCGAAGAGAGAAGAACCCACACAGGGUGAAAAAGUCGGUGUACGGGGUCCCAGACGACGGCCAGAGUCAGCCCAGUCCCAUCCACAGCAGCUCGCAGCCGACCAGGAAGUCCACCAAAGAGGACAUCCAGAAGGAGAUGACCUUCCUGAACAUGCAGCUGGACCGACACUGUAUGAAGGUUUCCAAAGUGGCCGACAGUCUGAUGAGCUACACGGAGCAGUUCAUGGACUACGACCCCUUUGUGUCGGCCUCGGAGCCCUCCAACCCCUGGGUCAGUGACGACACGUCCUUCUGGGACUUGGAGGCGAGUCGUGACCCCAGCCAGCAGCGUGUGAAGAGAUGGGGCUUCUCUCUGGAGGAGGCCCUGAAGGACCCGGUGGGACGAGACCAGUUCCUGAAGUUCCUGGAGUCAGAGUUCAGCUCAGAGAACCUGCGGUUCUGGUUAGCAGUGCAGGAUCUGAAGCGACGGCCGCUCCAGGACGUCCCCGCCAGGGCGCAGGAGAUCUGGCAGGAGUUCCUGGCUGAGGGGGCGCCGAGCUCCAUCAACCUGGACUCUCACAGCUACGAGCGCACGAGCCAGAACCUGAAAGACCCCGGACGAUACAGCUACGAGGACGCUCAGGAGCACAUUUUCAAGCUAAUGAAAAGUGACAGCUAUGCACGCUUUUUGCGAUCCAACAUCUACCAAGACCUCCUGUUAGCCAGAAAGAAGCAGCAGCCAGCAGACACUGAACAGGGCCGCCGCACCUCCCUGGAGAAGUUCACCCGCAGUGUGGGCAAGUCUUUGACAGGGAAGCGCCUGACAGGCCUGAUGCAGUCAUCCUGACACAGCCUGUUCUGGAGGGGCCCAGCCAGACCCUGUUGGGGGGAUGACCCCCGCACAGUGGCCGGGGCAUGGACAGCGGAGCCAGGCUGGACAGGGCUGCUGUGCGUUGCCUUGCACACGCUGCUCCGAGGACUGUACUGAUAGAGGAGCACCGGGCCUGCUGGGGUGAACGACCCAACGCAAACCACUGAGGAAAAGGACAAUGCUGACAAGGGGAACCUCAGCCAUCACUACACAUGGCAUGCAGCAUCCAGUAUAAGCACAUCCAGACCAGCGCUGCCCUUGUUUCAUCACAUAGUCGGCAAAUUUGUUUGUGAGGCCGUUAGUCGACUAAGCUGAUUUGUUUAUGUUGUUUUUAUUUUAUAUUUAUGUUAAUUGGAUAUUAAAAGCAACAAUAUUCUUUGAUUAAAAAAGCUACAUUUAAAUGUUAUUUGCAAUGAAUUGACUAUUGCUUUAAAACAUAUGGGGGACAUACCCUAAAAUAAAAAGUCAAAGAGGCAGAGACAUUUACAGAGACAUAAAUCUGUUUAACGUUUGUCUAUAUGCUCACAAGACAGCCAGCAAUAAACAAAGCAUGACAACACUUAUAUCUUUUUUUAAAGAUAUAUAUAUAUAUAUAUAUAUAUAUAUAUAUACCCAACCUCUUUUUAUAAUCUUGAAAUUUCUAUUGUAUCUGUUUCUUAUAAAGCACAUGACAUGUCAGUUAAAGGUUGGGCCGUUUUCAACAUAAAAAAAGUUGUCUUUUAUCUCCCAUAGAUUAUAUUUAAUGACAUCUACAAAACUGAUAUUUAAAAGUUAUAGCCUUUCAUGCUUCAUUACAUUCCAGAAUCUGGCAUAAAGGGCUUAAUGUAGCAUCCAGACACACUGUCGGAGUUUCACCCAAGUCUUUGUUGGAGAAGCAAUGUUUUGUCUCUACAAUACUGAGACAUGUGGCAAAGAUUAAUAUAUAUCUAGUUGGCAAAUUUGUGUUUUUAAGCACCGGGCUUUAAGGACACUGGAGUAAGGGGUGCUGAUGGGGCUGAAGCAGCCUCUACUGGUAAAUGGCUGUAACUGCAAUUCAAUUCUUUUUUUUAUUUCAUUGUUGAGCAUCAAGUGUAUUUUCUCUGUAGCCCAUCUGAUCACACAUGUAAUGUGGAUUGUAAAUGCAGACUGACGUGAAUUGACAACCCCUGAUUUUGUAAAAUAUUCUGAAACUGGUAUAAAAUGGUGUUGGCCAUUCAGAUUAAUAGUGAAUUUAACAUGACAGCAUUAAUUAUCUCAGCACCCCUAUCUCUGACUCCUGACUUCACGUUCAUAAACGUUUUCAGGCUGCUACAAACUAAUCGUAUUCAAGCAUCUGUGUGCCUGGGAGAAUAACAGAGAUACUUAAAGAAAUGGCCCCACGUGGCCAUGAAACAGUGAUUUGAGGUUUACUGUAGGUCUAGUGUGCACAGUCACAUGGGUUAUAGCCUCCACAUGCUCCAACUGUCAUGUUAUUUUUAAAGUUUCCAGUGCCAUGGGUUCAUCUGGUGGACAUGAAACCAGAGAAACCGCAUUAGAGUAUUUCAACAAUGUAUUCACAUUUUACUGACGGACGUCAUGAUGUCAAAAAUAUCUGUUCUCCAAUCAUGGAGCUGUUACAAUGCCUGCUGCCCAAUAAGGGAUCAUUUAGGUUGUUUCGUUUUUGUACUGCAUGAUUGUCCCAUCUUUUUAUUUCUAAAAACGAUGAAAGCUGCCCGCUCUUGCUCGGCCAAAUGUAAACCACAACUCUCCAUCUACUAGUGUCUGGUGUUGUAAUGACUGUGGGUAAAAUGGUGCAUGGUAUUGGAUCAUAACGGAGCGUUAACUUAGGGGAAGAUGGCUUGAUUCUCCAAAGACGCACACAGAUGGAGACAAAAAGAAACCUGAACUGAAGCAAAACUCCUCAAUGACAGGACAUCAAGCCCUAAAGUGCAACUGGGAACAAUUUUUGAGCCGUCAUGGCCGCGGCACUCUGAACAUUAGGGCCUCUCUGCUCCACUGUGGCUUCAACCUUCUUCUCCGGGCAGGAAAGAGCUCAGACUGAAGAGAUUUUAAUCUCACAGCUCCCCCUGAGGCAAGCAACUGCUACAGUGACGGACUACACUGCAGAAUGAGUGAAUCAUCUGUCUUUUUUCAAUUCUUUGUGAUGCGACACACUGUACAGGUCAUAUUAAUAAUCAGCAUUAUUAUCAUGAAUCAGUAACCUCUUGAUUAUACGGUAGAGAAGAGACCCUUAACUCGAGUCGAUGUACCAAAUGUUACUCAGCACAAACACAAUGACACUGUGUACAAAGUGCAUUGUAGAUGUAAAUUGGCAACGUUUCAUUAUCCAAAAGCACACUUUAUUAUUAUAUGGGCACAUAACUAUGCAUGUAACAUUAUCAGGGCAUUCUGUGCUUUUAGUUUCUCAAUCAGCCAAACGACCACUGGCACUCUAAAACACUCAAGCACCUGUAAUCUGUUCAUGGGUACCAAAUAAUAAAAGCUCUGGACCUGUC